ACGCGCGGGCGACAUGUCCUUCCUACGGGGAUCCGCCAACUACGUCUGGUGCACCACCAGCGUGCUCGGCAAGGGCGCGACCGGCGCGGUGUUCCAGGGCGUCAACAAGAACAACGGGGAGCCGGUCGCGGUGAAGACGUUCAAUCAGCUGAGCCACAUGCGGCCGCACGACGUGCAGGUGAGGGAGUUCGAGGUGCUGAAGAAGGUCAAGCACGAGAACAUCGUCAAGCUGCUGGCGAUCGAGGAGGAGCAGGACGGCCGGGGGAAGGUGAUCGUCAUGGAGCUCUGCACCGGCGGCAGCCUCUUCAACAUCCUCGACGACCCGGAGAACACGUACGGCCUUGCGGAGAGCGAGUUCCUGCUGGUGCUGGAACACCUGUCGGCCGGCAUGAAGCACCUGCGCGACAACAAUUUGGUCCACCGGGACCUGAAGCCAGGCAAUAUAAUGAAAUUCAUCGCUGACGACGGCAGCACGAUAUACAAGCUUACUGAUUUCGGGGCCGCUCGGGAAUUGCAGGAGGAUCAGCAGUUCGUUUCGCUGUACGGCACCGAGGAGUACCUGCACCCGGAUAUGUACGAACGCGCGGUGCUGAGGAAGCCCGUCGGCAAGACCUUCGGCGCGACCGUCGACUUGUGGUCCAUAGGCGUGACCCUCUACCACGUGGCGACGGGCAAUCUGCCGUUCAGACCGUUCGGCGGACGGAGGAACAAGGAGACCAUGUUCUACAUCACCACGAAGAAAGCGUCGGGCGUGAUAUCCGGGUUGCAGACCUCGGAGAACGGGCCGAUCGAGUGGAGCAGGGAGUUGCCGCAGGCCUGCCAGUUGAGCACCGGCCUGAAGAAGAUAGUGACGCCGCUGUUGGCCGGCCUGCUGGAGGUGGAUCCGCAGAGGAUCUGGAGCUUCGAGCGAUUCUUCAGCGAGGUCACGGACACGCUUUGCCGCAAACCCAUUCACAUAUUCAACAUCCACAAGGCCAGCUUGAUCAAGGUCUUUUUGCAUCCGGAGGAGAAGCUGGUCGCUCUGCAGAUACACAUUCAGGAUCAGUCCGAGAUCAUGCCCCACGCGCAGAUUCUCCUCCUCGGGGAGGUCCCCCUCACGAGUCUCGUCGAGGAGUCCACGCCGGGCAAGGGGUAUCCCAACACCAGCAACGACAAGCCGCUGAUGCUGUUCUCGCGGGAGAACAACAACGUCGUGCUGCCGACGGAGACCGAACUGCCGAAAUUUCCCGUCUUCGCGAACCUCGUGUCCGUGGAGAACGACGCGAGCCAAGCCAAGGUCGCGUGCUCCGUCGGACACGUCUGCAAACGUAGAAUCGACAAGCUGGCGCUGUGCAGCAAAUUGUCGCGGGACGCCAUUGACGCGUUCAGCGGUCUUCUGUCCACGGAGCUCACCCGAGUGCUGGGCAAGUGCCAGCACUCGAGGGAAUUCACGAAAGCGGUGGAGGACACCGUGCUGGCGGUGGAGAGGUGCGAGACCUUCGCCAGGCACGUGUUCCGAAAGUUCGGCGGUCCAACCGCGAUGGAGGUCAAGAGCUGGCGGAAGGAAUUGGACGUGAAGAGCAAGGAGCUUAUGAGCGAACUGACUCCAGCAAUAGUGCAACUUCAUCAGAGGUACGUAAAAGAGGGCAGCUUACGCGGGGAAUGGGACAACAGUACUCGCGGCUUGUGGUGCCCGUGGGCCACGAAAGCGAGCCAAAGGGCGGCGACGUUGGUCGAUCGCUUGAGGGACGGAUGGCAACAUUUAUUGAGGGACAGGGCCACUCGUAGUCUCACUUACAACGACGAACAAUUCCACGUUCUCGAACGCAUAAAGGUCACGGAAACGGGACGUCGAUUGAAAGCGCUUCUCGAGACGGAGUGCAUGCCGGCGAUGACCCAGCGAUCCGAGUGCGUUGCCGAUUGGUACAAAAUGGCGCAGACGGUGUUCCUGCAGACGCAGAUAUUGGAUAAGGACAUAGACGGUUACGAGCGCGUGCUGGAAUCGUUCUCCUACCGUUUGUCGCAGGAGAGCAAGGAGCGCAACGAGAAUCUGCUGCACUCGUUGGACAGGCUGCCCGGCAAGUCGAAAACGAUCGAGAAAACGAGCGUGCCGGUGCAGGAGAGCACGAAGACGUGGUGCAACAUCUGCGACACGCAGGAACAAAUCACGUUGCUUCUCUACGAAAACAGUCUGCUUGUAGAUCAGCUGGACCAUCUGUCGGCGACUGAUAGGCCAGAUGACGUGAGCGACACGGGAUAUGAGCUUUAACGCGCGCUACUGUCAUUUCUCUGUCAAUCUGACAAUAACUACGAAAUGAAGACUGAAUCUUAAGAAUGUAUAUAUUAGGAGUCACAAUAUUUAUAAUUAAUUAGUGUACAGAUUAAAUGUUAAAUGAAUUCGUACGUCUGCGUUCCCCUCUUCUCGGUUAAACGGCUGUUUUACUUUAAGAUCAACGAUAAUGAUUUUAUGAUGAUCAAGAAAUGAUUUUCUAUUAUGUCUGAAAGGAAAGGGAAUUAUAUUAUUAUUAUCA